AUGAUGACAUUACUUCAAUUGCUAGUUCUGGUAUACAUAAUAUAUAAAGUGUUUCCGAUACUCAGAAGAUUUUUCAGUACUGGAACAAUGGUGUCCGAACAGGUUUUAAGCAAGACUAAAGCAUUGAUCAAAGAUCACAAGGUAUUUGUUGCAUCCAAGAGUUAUUGCCCCUACUGCUCCCAGACUAAGAAGUUGUUGGAGUCUCUAAACGCCAAUGCUUUUGUAGUGGAACUAGAUACUGAACCAGAUGGGUCUGAUAUUCAAGCCGCUCUUUUAGAGCUAACCGGCCAGAGAACUGUACCUAACGUGUUCAUCAACGGAGAGCAUGUUGGUGGAAACAGCGAUUUGCAAGCACUGAACAGUGAAGGAAAGUUAAAAACUCUUCUCAAGAACUAA